ACGACUCUCUAAAGCAAAGUCGUCUCAGUUCAAUUUAUCCCAAUUCCAAACCCUAAUAAGGAAAACACAUGACAAAAUCUCAAAACUUGGCUUUAUUCUCUGAUUUCGAUUGGAUUGGAUGGAGUUGCGCCUCCAUCAAAUCCAAGUUCACUACAUAGUGAUUCAGUAAACCUUAAAAACUUGAUUUUUUUUGUUGAGAAUUAUCUGGGGGAAGUGUAUAUAGAUUAUAUUGAAGAUGUUUUCAUGGAGUUUCUCGAAAUCCGCCGAGGCGAUGUUCUCGCGCUGGGCAGUAAAACGCGUUUGUAAAUUUUUGUUGAAGAAGAAAUUGGGGAAAUUUAUACUGGGAGAUAUUGAUCUUGAUCACCUUGAUGUUCAGCUCGGUGCUGGCACAAUUCAGCUCUCCGACCUCGCGCUGAAUGUUGAUUACAUAAACGAGAAGUUUGGAACAGCAGCUGUUUUAGUGAAAGAGGGGUCUGUUGGGUCGUUAACUGUGACAAUGCCUUGGACGGAAGGUGGUUGCCGAGUUGAGGUGGACGAGCUUGAAGUUGUUAUUGCUCCUCGCCAGACCAAAGCUACCCAAGAUGAAUUUGAGACUUGCUCUCACAGCAAGAGUGGCAAUGAUAAUUCAAGCCAUGGUCUCAGAAAACAAGACAAUGAGACUCACAACAAUGCAGUUGGAAGUGCUUCUGUUGAAGUUCAUGAAGGAGUUAAAACUAUCGCCAAAAUGGUGAAGUGGUUGCUAACUAGCUUUCAUGUCAAAAUAAAGAAGCUAAUUGUGGCAUUUGAUCCCCUUUUGGAAGACGGAAAUGGUAAACUGUUGGACAGAAUAUUUGUGCUUCGGAUUAGUGAACUUCAAUGUGGAACUCAUAUUUCCGAGGAUUCUUCUUCUACCAAUUUCACCAAAGCCCGCAAUGUCCUUGGUAUAAGCAGAUUAACAAAUUUUUUAGAAUUCCAAGGAGCAGUUCUUGAAUUACUUCCUGUGGAUGGUCUUGAUCAUGAGUCUUCGCCUCAGUUUUUGGUUGAUUCGACUAUUGGCAACUGGUAUUCAGGGCAUUGUACACCCGGAAACACAACUACUAUAAUUUCAGGAGAAAAGGGUGGUUUUUGUGGGAGUUUAAAGUUAAGUUUACCUUGGAAAAAUGGUUCAUUGGACAUUCGCAAAGUGGACGCCAACCUUCAUAUCAAACCUCUUGAAUUAAGACUUGAACCUAGCUCCAUCAGGUCCUUCAUCUUUAUGUGGAACCUACUUAAAGGUAUAGGUGAGGAAAGGGAGGACCCAGGUCCUUGUGAAUUAUCAGACAACUUGUCAUCCUCAAGCUCAGCCAUGCAUCCUAGUGGCAAGGGGCUACUUGGUAAUGAAGUUCUUGUUGCCAACUUGACAGAGAAAGAAAACCUGCUAUCAGAUUCACAUCUCAUUUCUGAUUGGGUGAGUAAAAGACAGAAAGACCUAAAUGAAGAAGAACCUGACUUCGGGGCGAGCGUUGAUCAAUUUUUUGAGUGCAUUGAUGGACUGAGAAAUUCACAGUCAGCUUUAGGGAACAGUGGCAUGUGGAAUUGGACUUGUUCUGUUUUUAGUGCAAUUACUGCAGCAUCCAACCUUGCCUCUGGAUCUUUACAUGUUCCUCCUGAGCAGCAGCUUGUUGAAACUAACUUCAGUGCAUCUGUAGAAAAAGUAUCUCUUCUUUUGUCUUUCAUUGAUGAAGAUGAGAAACAAUCCCCCAAAAUGAAUGCUGAUAUGGUCAAUACUGCUAAACAUCAUCAUCAUCAUCUGUGUGCACAGUUUGUAGACCUAGAUCUUGUACUGCAGGUACAUCCUCAAGAAAUGAACUUUGAACUAACGGUGCAACAUAUCCAAUUACUCGAUCAUUUUUCCUCUAUGAAUGGAUUGGUGGAUUACAAAACUCACGGUCAACAUGAAAACUCUGAUAGUGAGACAGGUUUGAUCCAAAAAAUGCAAGAGGGUGUCCAAAGUGCUCUUCGGACUGUUCGAGAAUCCACAAAAGAUCUUGGAGUAGGACACCAACUUAAUGAUCAUGUUGAAGUUUCACUGAGCAUGCAGGAUGGCAUUGGAUGUCAGCACAUGAAGAAAGGCAAAGAUAUUUGUCGAGACUAUACCAAUGUAACUUUGCUCAAAACUUCGGGUGUCAGCAGCUGUCAUGUCAGUGUAAACCUGGCUUCAUGUGGCAGCUCAUUAAUGGGACCUACAUCUUUUACUUUAAAGCUGCCACCUUUUGUUUGUUGGAUGAACUUUGAUCUUAUUACUACAGUGCUAGAAUUUAUGCGAGAGAUGUCAAAUUGUAUUGGAACAACUAACCUGGGGAAUGGUUUUACCCCGGAACCAGAAAGUAAAGAAUAUGGAUUUUCACAGCCACAGACUACCAAUGUCUCAACCAGAAAGUUUCUGGAAGGCAAUAUAUUCCUCCCAAAUGCUAGGAUAAUACUGUGUAUCCCUCUGAAGGUCCGUGAAUAUUAUUCCAGCUACUCUUCUUGCAAUCAGUUUAUUGCUUUUGACUUGGUUUCGCCAACAAUGAGAAGGAGAGAUGAUAGAUCCACCAGGCUGACUCCUGUUGCUAGUUUUGACAAGAGACCGACUAUGACCACAUCAUGCUCCUUGAAUUUAAAUAUGGGUGACUUUUAUCUUUUUAACAUCAGCUCAGCUUGUAAGAAGAAGUUUGAUGAAAGUGAAACCUAUAAGAGGCUGGAGGCUGGAUUUUCAGCUGAAAAGAUUUUUUCUGUUGUUAAUGGUACUGGUCAUCUGUCUGUUAUUAGUAUGUUUUGGCAGGAGGGUCCCGUGACUGGUCCUUGGAUCGCCAAAAAAGCUAAGCUUUUGGCUUCUUCUGAGUAUGGUAAGAGACAAGAUAAGGUUGUUGGGAAGGAUUCUGAUUUUGCUUCAGUUACAACUGUUAGAGACAGCAAUGGGUUUGAUACUCAUACUCGGCAAGAGAUGUUAGCAAGCUCUGCAUUUUUCUUGCAUGGAAAAUUACCUACUGCAACAAUCCACCUAGACGAAAGAAAGUAUGAGAACAUAUCUGGCCUCCUAAAUCAGAUGGACGAGCAUUUUGCUUUUGUCACCACCGAAUCAGUUAGUAAUAUGGAAAAGCAUUCUGCGCUGCAAACAUCAUUUCUAUUUGAAUGUGAGUCUCUGAAUAUUUUUCUAGCAGUUGAACCUGUGGGGAACCUUAAGUGUUCCAAACACUCAGAACUUCCAAGUUCUUGGUCUGGUUUAACUCUCAAGGUGGACAAGUUUGAGUUACUUUCCGUUUCUAAUAUUGGUGGAAUAAACCAUGCCAAUUUCCUAUGGGUGUCCCAUGGUAAGGGCAGUUUGUGGGGUUCUACUGAAGGUCUUAAACGUGAGUUUCUUUUGAUAUCAUGCAGUGAUUCGACAAUGGGCCGUGGUGAUGGAGAAGGUUCAAAUGUGUUAUCCUCUAGGUAUUCUGGUUCUGAUAUUAUCAACUUUUCGGACCCAGAAAGCAACCAUAUUUUUACUUCAAUUGCUAUUAGAUGUGCCACUAUUGUUGCAAUUGGGGGUCGCCUGGAUUGGUUUAAUACAAUAAUAUCCUUUUUCAUCCUACCAUCUUCUGAAUCUCAACAAGCAGAUGAUAAUUGUCCGGAGAAGACUCGUGGAUCUUCAUUCAUUCUUAAUCUGGUAGAUGUUGGCCUGAGUUAUGAGCCAUACAUUGAAAAAUUGACAGAAGAUCAGAGCACAGACCUCAAAUCUUCUGAUUUCAAGGCAAACGAAUAUGAGGAUGAGAUGUAUGUUGCUUGUCUUCUUGCUGCUUCUUCCUUGAAACUUUCAAAUACGACUGUGGCUGAUUCCGCAGAAAGGGACUACAAAAUAAGACUCCAAGAUCUAGGUUUCCUUAUAUGCAUGGUACCUGAAUAUGGGUUAGGUGGCUGUACUCACAGUGUAGAGCAACUUAACAAUCUUGGUUAUGUGAAAGUUGCCCAAGAGGCAAAUGUUGAAGCACUUUUUAGGACGAACUGUGAGAAUGGCCAUACAUGGGAAUUAGAAUGUGCAGAGUCGCACAUAAUGUUAAGUACAUGCCAUGAUACGACUUCUGGAUUGAUUAGAUUGGCGGCUCAACUCCAAAAGCUUUUUGCUCCUGAUAUGCAAGAUUAUGUUGUGCACUUGGAGAAUAGGUGGAAUAAUGUGCAGCAAGCGCAUGAAGUUACUGAUAAAAUGACAGUUGGUGGUGAGUUCUCUCCACUUCACCAAUCAGAGGGUUCAAGUCAAGACAAGAAGUCCAAGAUGGUCAAUUUAAUGGAUGAGAUAUGUGAAGAUGUCUUUCAGCUCGAUAGCAACUCUGCUGGCCAAGCUAAAAAUUUAAAUUCUCAUCUUUGCUCUGUGCUUGAUGAUACUUCUCUUGUAGCCAGUGGGGCUUCGUCAUCAGGAGAAAAGGCUCCUGAGUUUAUAGAAGAAUAUUUCCUGUCAGAUCUUCGCCCCCUUUCUGUACUUUCCUCAGGAAGUCAGUCAUCUGAAUUUUAUGGUUUCAACAAUGUUGUUGAAGAUGAUCUGAAAGGUAAUGAUGGAUGGUAUGGGAGCACCCCAUUAAGAAUACUAGAAAAUCAUGCUUCAAAAGUGGAGAAGCCUGAUGUGCGCAAACUUGUGGACUCUGAAAUUUCUACAAGUGAUCCUGAACAUGUUAAUGGUGUGAUAGCUGAGGGUCGCAUAGUUCUUAAGAACAUAAAUGUCAGUUGGAGAAUGUACGCUGGUUCUGACUGGGCCAACUUUCAGAGUACUUCUCCAACUUUUACUAGUGCAAGGGAUGUGACUGCUUGUUUAGAACUUGCAUUGUCUGGAAUAUGUAUUGAGUAUGAUGUUUACCCUGAUGGUGAAAUAUCCGCAUCUACGCUUUCUCUCACCAUCAGGGAUUUCUGCCUUUAUGACAGAAGCAAUGAUGCACCAUGGAAGCUGGUGCUUGGGAAUUAUCAGUCGAAAAAGCAUCCAAGAAAGUCCUCUUCAAAAGCUGUGAAGCUGAAUUUAGAAGCUGUUAGACCAGACCCUUCAAUCCAUAUAGAAGAAAAUCGGUUACGCAUUGCUUUCCUUCCUUUGCUUUUGCAUCUUCAUCAGCGCCAACUUGAAUUUUUCAUAAGCUUCUUUGGAAGAAAAAACUCACCUGCUGAAUCCUCUUCUAGUACCCCUACGGAUAAAAGUAAUUCAGGAGAUUUAUUUGAGAAAAGUGACAACGUGGAGGGUCGUGGCAUCUGUGAAGAGGCAUUUCUUCCUUACUUCCAGAAAUUUGACAUAUGGCCUAUGCUGGUUCGAGUUGAUUACAUUCCUAGCCAUGUCGACUUAACAGCGCUAAGGGGCGGCAAGUAUGUUGAACUUGUCAACCUCUUACCUUGGAAGGCUGUGGAGUUACAACUCAAACAUGUGCAAGGAAUUGGCCUCUACGGCUGGAGCAGUGUUUGUGAAACAAUAUUGGGAGAGUGGCUGGAAGACAUUUCUCAGAACCAGGUUCAUAAACUGCUGAAAGGCCUUCCUCCCAUUAAGUCACUGCUUGCUGUGAGCUCUGGAGCUGCAAAGUUGGUAUCUCUGCCUGUGAAGAGCUAUAAAACGGAUCAUAGGUUACUCAAAGGAAUGCAAAGAGGGACUGUUGCAUUCCUCAAAAGCAUUUCGCUUGAAGCCAUUGGGCUGGGAGUACAUUUGGCUGGCGGAGCUCAUAAUAUCCUUCUCCAAGCAGAGUAUAUUCUGGCGAAUAUUCCACCCUCUGUACCAUGGCCGCUCGAAAGCGAAGCAGGUAACAGUGUGAAAUCAAAUCAGCCAAAUGAUGCUCAUAACGGAAUUCAACAGGCCUACCAGAGUAUUAGUGACGGCUUAGGAAGAUCAGCCUCUGCCUUAGUACAAAGCCCCCUAAAAAAGUACCAGCGGGGUGCUAGUAUGGGAUCUACUUUGGCAACUGCUGUGCAAUCUGCUCCAGCUGCUGCAAUAGCUCCUGCUUCUGCUGCAGCACGCGCAGUUCACUGUGCUCUUCUUGGCUUUAGGAAUAGCCUUGAUCCGGAGCACAAAAAAGAGUCUCUGGAGAAAUACUUGGGCAAAACCCCACCUCACGAAUCUAAGCAGUAGCUGUUGCAUACAAGCACGCAUUAUGUCAUCAGCAACGCUGAAGAUAAUUUUAUGGGUUUUGCCCAAUGUGGACGCUGUUGAAAAACAAAAGUUGAUGGUGAAAAUGCAAGGGUACAGAUGUCAGAGGUGGUCAGAAAUUCAGCCUCCAUCUGGUGUUGAGGUUACCGGUGUGUACAGAUCAUUCACAAUGGGUGACUCCAUUGGAGGUGCGUUUUCUGUGGUCCGACUAGUGAGGAGAGAUUGUGUAAAAAAUUUAGUGUAAAUAAGUGAUGAUAUUAAGUUUGGACACAUCAAUCCCCAACCGUGUAAUUAGGGGUCAUGGUUUGAUUGACAGCUUCAAGUGUAAUUAUGAUUUUGUUUGCUCUGAUUUUGUUUUCCUUGAUUUUGUAUGAUAAUAUAUGCACAUAUCUAUUCGGCUUUA